AUGUCAGAGUCCGCCGCAGCUUCACAACGCCUGGCUUUUUUCCAGAGCCAACUCCAGAACGCCCCCUGUGCCGCCGAGGAGCCCAAGAUCAAGACCACGAUGGAGUCGAUGACCGAGGAGAGACAGAAGGCAACCUUCGAUGUCAAGGAGUUGACUUAUUUCUUGGAUGGCGGAGAGAAGUUCACCAAGAUCCGUGAGAAGUUCAUGUUGGAGCUCGAACGCGACCCCACGUUCCGUAUGUACGAUAUGUACGAUGUCACCAAGGACCAGAUUCGAGAGCGCACCAUGGAGAAGUUCCGCACAAUCGUCCACUAUGUUUCAGCAGAGCCCGUCCCUAUCUUCACCAUGCGUAUGCAGACCAUCUCCCUCAUCGACCCCGGCUUCUGGACCCGUUUCGGUGUCCACUACGGUCUCUUCUUUGGCGCCCUCCGUGGGUCCGCCACCUCUGCCCAGUUCUCUCACUGGGUCUCGAAAGGUGCCUUGGCUCUCAACGGAAUGGUUGGAUGCUUCGCCAUGACCGAAUUGGGACACGGUUCCAACGUCGCUGGACUCGAGACCACAGCUUCCUUUGACGAGGCCUCGGAUCAGUUUAUCAUCCACACUCCCACUAUUACCGCGACCAAGUGGUGGAUCGGAGGUGCUGCUCAUACAGCCACCCAUACCGUCGUCUUUGCCCAGCUCAUUGUUCGCGGGAAGCGUUACGGAACAAAGUCCUUUGUCGUCCAGCUCCGUGAUACCCACACCUACAAGCUCAUGCCCGGCAUCAACAUUGGUGAUAUCGGAAAGAAGAUGGGUCGUGACGGUAUUGACAAUGGCUGGAUCCAGUUCACCAACGUCCGCAUCCCCCGCACCAACAUGCUGAUGAAGCACACCAAGGUUUCCCGCGCCGGUGAGGUCAAGGAGCCCCCCAUGGCCCAGUUGACCUACGGUGCCUUGAUCCAGGGUCGUGUCGCCAUGGUUGUCGACUCAGGCAACAUUGCCAAGAAGGCUGUCACUAUUGCCGGUCGUUAUGCUGCUGUCCGUCGCCAGUUCUCGUCCAAUCCCCACGAUGUUCAGGAGACUAAGUUGAUCGACUAUGCCAUUCACCAGUACCGCCUCAUGCCUCUCUUGGCUCAGGCCUACGCUUUCCACUUUACCGGAGUCGAGACCAACAAGUUGUACGACGAUCUCAUGGACAAGCUGGAGUCGACUCAGCCUGACGACGAGACCAUGGGCGAAGUCAUUGACACUCUCAAAGAGACCCACGCCACCUCUGCCGGUUUGAAGGCCUUUUGCACCUGGUCGACCCUGAGCGCCAUCGAGGCUUGUCGCCAGACUUUGGGAGGUCACGGUUACUCUGCCUACACUGGAUUGGCCACCACCUACAACGACUUUGCUGUCCACUGCACCUGGGAGGGAGACAACACCAUCUUGACUCUCCAGUCUGGACGUUACCUCGUCAGCUGUUACCGCGAGGCUCUCGCCGGCAAGUCUCAACCCGAGGGAGUCAGCUACCUCAACCACCUCGACUCUCUCCUUAACCUCGGAUGCGGCGUCAAGACUAACGAGGAGAUCUUGAACUUUGAUGUCAUUCAGGAGGCCUGGGGUGUUGUCACAGCCAACGUUGUCAAGAAGGCCGGUGAUGAUUUUGAGGUCUCGUUGAAGGCUGGCAUGAGUCCUGAGACUGCCUACGAGGAGUGCUCCCAGGCCCGUCUUGCCGCUGCCAAGAUCCACUCUUUUGGUUACAUCUUCCGCCGCUUUGCCCAGGCUGUCAAGAGCGCGCCCGAGAAGCUGCAACCCGUCUUGACCAAGCUUUGCUUGCUCUAUGGUCUGUACUCGAUCGAACAGAAUGCUGGUUUCUUCCUCCAGUACCGCUACUUCACCCCUUCGCAGAUGGACUAUGUCCGUGGUCAAGUCAAUGUUUUCUGCCGUGAGGUUCGCCAGGAGUACAUUCCCUUGAUCGACGCCUUCAACUACUCGGACUACAUGAUCAACUCUCCUUUGGGUGUCUACGACGGAAACAUUUACGAGAAGUACUUCGACCAGGUCAAGAGACAGAACCCUGUCGGCGGCGAACAUCCUUACUUGCCCUUGAUCCAGUCCCUUCUUCGCCGUGACAUUGAGGACGAUGAGCCUCUUGAGGACGACGAUGAGGAUGACGAGUAG